AUGGGUUCCAGCGAUUUCGAUAAAGUGCUGGAGUCGUUGGAUCGGGCCAACAGAGGCAUCCGACGACAAUCCGCAUGGGAACGUACAUUAUCAUUUAUCGACAACAUUAAUAAGAAACCUCCACCAACCCAAAUGGCUGUUGGAGGAGCGGCUGGACUUUAUCUUGAUGUUUGCGAGCCUAUGGAUGUCGAAUCGUUAAAGAACCAUGCCAUAGAUGGGAAAACAAUUCAUGUGUUGAUCAAUAACGCAGGACUGUCGAUGCGUGGAGCCAUAGAAGAUACUCCGAUAAAGAUCUACAAACAACUCAUGGACGUGAAUUUCUUUGGACAUGUCGUGGUCACACAGAAACUAUUGGAGGCUAUUCCGGACGACGGCUGCAUUAUCGCAACGAGUAGUGUGCAGGGGAAAAUUGUCCAUUCCGUAUAG